UAUGCAUUUUCUACCACAUAAACUUAGUAGAAAUGUAUGUGCAAAUCCUAUGUCAAAUCAUGAAGAGGCUAAAAGAUUCAGAAAAUAAAAUAAAACCCAAAAACCCAUCAACAAUUUGCUUCCAUCUCUUCAAUUCCUUGACGUCUUGAAUCUCUCUGUAUAUAAAUCUCUCACUUCAUCUUUCAUUGGACAGCCCACCACCGAAGCAGUUGACUUUGCUCCAAUUUUCUAAACAAAAUUUUUGACAAAAAAAAAAAUAAUAAUAAUAAUAAUAAAAGGCUUAAGCUUCACAAAUAUUCCAAAACCGUCUAAACACCAAGUAGCAAAUAGGAAUGGUAUCUCUCCUCCAAAGCAAUGAAAAACCAUUUAGGAAGAAAGUUUCAACCACUACAAAGGAUCAAGAACUACUACUGCUGCUUCACCAACGACACCCAAUAUCUUUCUAUUCCUUGAGUAAUCUCCAAGCCUUGCUUUUCUUUUCCUUUUAUUUAUCUUUUGGGUUUCAAAAUUUCUUGAAGGAAAACAGAGUUUUCCAUCAUCAAUGGAGAAAAACGGAUAUGGGUUUUUGCUAAUUCUCUCGGUCAUUGCCUCUCUCGGUCUCAUGUCCUGCGUAUCCUGCAUAGUUGCCGAAUUCAAGAAAACAAAGGUUAAGGACGUCAAACUGGUAGGAAGACUGUGUUAUUUGCCAGAAAGUCAUGCACUUGGGUUUGGAAUUGCAGCAUUAAUUUGUUUGUCUGUGGCUCAGAUAAUCGGGAAUGUGAUAAUCUGUGGGAAUUUUUGUUCAAAACAGAGAGGAAUUAGCUAUUGCAAGGCCAAUAAGCCAUUGAUAUCGACUUUUCUUCUGCUUAUCUCUUGGAUCAGCUUUGGAAUUGCAGUUGCUUUAAUAAGUACUGCCACAAGCAUGAGCUUAAAACAAGCCUAUGGAACUGGCUGGUUAGACGGUGAAUGCUACCUCGUAAAAGAUGGUGUAUAUAUUGGUUCAGCUUUCUUGGUCUUAUUCACUGUAGUGUCCAUCCUUGGCUCUACCUUAACAACAAUCAGGAGAACCCAGGUUGAUCAAGGGUCUCAAAUACAUCAACCACUUGAAUCCAAAAUCUUGGGAUAGUUUUUGGCAAGUCUAAUUUUGGGUUCAAAUUUGUUACCCAGAAUUUUUUUUUUUUUUUUAAUAUUUUUGUGUGCCCUUUUUGAAGAUGAAUAUAGAGAAACCCAACCCUACACAAGGCUUCAACUUGAAGAUAU